AUGCGCCUUAUAGUGCCAGCUGUUUUGAAUUUUUAUAAUAACUUUAUCAUUAUCAUCUUUUCCUUUUCAACAGCUGGUCAUGGCCUUUCUUUACAGGCUCCAACACAUAAAACACCCACAAAUGUUGGUCUUUCUCAAGCUCCCGUUUCCAAUCGGUUUUUGCUUAAAACUGAGAAUCAGUCCCUUCCACUCUGCUUUGAUGUCAACGGAGACGUACGCCUUAAACUAUUACACCAUCCCAACAGUGAGCUGUCCGUAAAUGGUGAGCUUGAUUCAGUAAUGCAUGGAGGCUUCAAAAGGAUUGUCAUCCAGGUCAAUGCUGACCUGUAUGUUGAUUUUGUCAUCAACAAUAUCAUCGUGAGAGAGGGAACGAAAGUGACAAAUCACACUGGACGGGAUCCCAUCAAAGCUGGAAGUUUGACAAUUAUUAGGCGGGACAAGGAAAUUGAUGUUGCUGGGACACACACACACUUGGUCAUCUUAAUUCAUGGGAAGGACAGUCAAGAAUUCCUCUGGCCCGUUUUAAGAAAGCAGUCAUUGGACAGUGCUGAAGGAAUUUUAGCCCUGAAUCCAGCAGUUUAUGAGGAGGUGCCACAAUCUGCCUACACAAAACUUAGGAUCAAAGACCAGGAGAUUGACGUUACCAGAGCCAAUGCUGUUGACUACAGUAUUAUCCCUCCCCUGACACUGGACUGCUGGCUCAUGACGGCCGAGUCUGCCCUGCAGAGACGCCUGGAUGACUUCAUCGUUUGAAAGGAAAAUGUAUCAAACACAAACCAACUAAUCAUGGAAAAAUACUUUCCAGCUGUACCUAACAUAAUAAAAUAAAUAUUUUCGAAGAUCA